ACGGAAAGAAAGGAAAGCCGGGGUCACAGGGACAGAAAGGGGUGCAAGAGGAGGGGGUAAAACUGGCCACGACAGAGGGGCGAUCGCGACUGGAAAGUUAGCCGCGCCCCUGUCGUUGGCUCCAUCCCCCCCCCCCCCCCCGCUACCUAAGUACAGGACGCGCUUUUCUUCCACGCCCCCCUGCCCCGUGUUUGCAUCCCGAAGGACAGCCCCGGCGAAAUAAAAGCGCCCCAGCCCAGAGGCGGAGGGAGGACUCCAGCCGGUUCUGCCGUUUCUUUUGCCCUGCCUCGCCCCUCAGGAGACCGGCAGGCUGAUCUUUGUGCGGGAAGGAAGCGAGAACUUGGGCGCCCUACCCGGGAAACAGCUCCGCUCAGUUGGCAGAGGUGCUGGCGGGGUGAAGAGCGCACAGGUCCCCGGGCGACAGGGGGACAAAAAGUCGGGCUGCCCCUGCGUGUGGUUCUGUUUGAAGGAUUUGCAAGAAACCCACUUCGGAGGGGGAUGUAGGUUGAGCAGCGGAGAAGGCAGAAGGGAAAGUGAAACCAAGCGCCCCUCUCCCAUGUCGGCUCCGCAGCUCCAUCCUUGUGGAGCAGGAAAGCUGGUCAAGUGCGUGUGGGAAGCGGGGGAGCCUCCUGCGCCUUUAAAGAGCUGGCGCGUUGGUUCCUGGUUUUGCGGAAAUUAAGGAAGGGGCUCUUCAGUUACUCUCAGCCCCUCGCUUCCCCGCACACUUGUUCUUCUUUUGGAUGCCGCUUCUUACGGGGGGAGGUUGCGCUUCUCAUCCCCUUCCGGGAGCAUCUCCUUAGUCGGUUUCCAACACACGCCCCCCCCCCCCUUCCCUCCAGCCCAGCUUUGUGGCAGCAGCAGCAGAAGCCAUGGAGGUUUUCCUCUGCCCCUCUUGCCACUUCACCCUGUGGGAGCCGGUGACCGUGUCGUGCGGCCAUUCCUUCUGCAGAAGCUGCCUGCCGGAAGAGUUGCCUGCCCAGUGCUGCCUCUGCGGGGACAAGCUGGCCCUCCUAGGCUCGGGGACUGUGAAAUGCAACGUCCUGCUGGGUGACUUGUUGGAGAAAUGCCGGGAUAAAGGCGCCAGGCUGGCCAGGCUGAAAAUCGACUUGGAGGACCUGCUCAGGAGUGGAAAUUACAAGGGGGCUUUGAGAAGCCUUCAGAAGGGAAUCGACUUGGCUCCAUAUGAUCUUGAACUGAGGUUGUGCCGUUCAGAAGCGUAUGUCGCAUUGCAGCAGUACCCAGAGGCUCUGAAAGAUUUGGAGAUGCUGUGUAUUCAAGAACCAGAAGAAUGUGAGGUUUUUUUCCAGAAGGGAAAGCUACUCCUGGACAUGGGGCACAAAUCUGACGCCCUGAAGCAGUUCCAACAUUGCCUGGCACUGAAUUCUGAAUUCCAUGUUGCUCGGUAUGAGAUAGAAAAGAUUCUCACAAGUGAUGACUCCCUUCUUCCAGGCACUGUGGUGGAACUGAAGAGUGAUGUUAGUCAGAAUUUGAAAGGGUCAAAUUCCAGGAAAUUCCCAACUUUACUUAUGCCUUCUGAAGGAGAGUCACUUAUGUCUUCUGAAGGAGAGUCACUACAGGAUUUAAAGCAAAGUAAAGACAUUUGGGAGGGAGAACCUAUGUCUGGCCAGAACCUAGCAUCAUUUUCCUUGCCAGAGUGGAUGGGAAAGAGGUCUAACUCUGGUGUUUCUGUACAGAAGGAAGAAGAUUCAGAGAAGGGAGCAGCAGCAGAAACAACAGGAGCCAAGUCUACUCGGGACAUUAGGGACCUCUUGAGUACAUCUGACUUGGAAUGUUCUCUUUGCAUACGCAUGUUCUUUGAACCAGUAACAACACCUUGUGGCCACACUUUCUGUAAAGAGUGUGUGGAGCGCUGCCUUGACCACAGGCCCAACUGCCCACUCUGCAAACAGAGCCUGAGAGAGUACCUGAAGGCUGGGAAGUACAAUACCACAGUAGUACUGGAGGAGCUUAUGUCAACCAUCUUCCCCUCACAGUUGGCGGAAAGGAAGCAAAUCCACCAGACUGAGAUGGCUGAACUCUCAAACCUCACAAAGAAUAUACCUAUCUUUGUGUGCACACUGGCCUUUCCAGGAAUUGCGUGUUGCCUUCAUGUGUUUGAGCCACGCUAUCGCCUUAUGAUUCGAAGGUGUUUGGAGACUGGCACAAAGAUGUUUGGCAUGUGUACGUCUGAGAAUGGCAAGAGUUUUGCUGAUUAUGGCUGCAUGUUGGAGAUUCAGAAAACAGAUUUCUUGCCUGAUGGACGGUCUUUUGUGAACACCAUAGGCAAGCGGAGGUUCCAGGUUUUGAGACAGGGACACAAGGAUGGUUACAACACUGCUGAUAUUGAAUACCUGGAAGAUGAGAAGGUAGAAGCAGAAGAACUGGCUGAGCUCCAGAACUUACAUGACUACACAUACCAACUAACACAGAGAUUUUAUGAAAAUGGCUGCAUGACCUACAGACACAGCUUGGUGCACUAUGGCCCCCUUCCUGAGAAGGAGAAGGACAUUCAGGCAUCUCCUGAUGGACCAGCUUGGUGCUGGUGGCUUGUACUAACCUUGCCCCUUGACGUGACCCGCAAGUUGGCUAUCUUUUCUGACACAUCUCUGAAGAGCCGCCUCAAUCAGCUGAAGAACAUUCUGAAUGUCAUAUUGGAAAGCAGCGAAUUUAGUAGCUAGCUUUCCAGUGUCAUCUUGGGAAGAAAGCUAUAACAUAAAGGAGUGAAUGAACUCUGUUCUGAUCCUUUGCCAUUUGUCUUGGUGGGGUUGGGGUAAAGCCUUAACUUUUUUCUUCCUCUUUUUGUUCUGUCUGUGUGUAUAUGUUUUUAUUGUAGACCUGACCUCAGCAAUAUGUAACAAUCCAAUAAACAGAGACAAUGUAUGAAA